ACUAUAUUUUUAACUUGAACGGUUCAUUCAUGUUCGUUUUUAUCGCUUCGUUAUCUAACGUAAUUCGUAACAGUAUGUGUCUGCUUUUGGUUUGUUUUUAUCAUGAAAUUGACGGUAAUGCGCCCGGCUAAAUAUACUCCUAGGUUUGUUUUCAUUCGAGUAGUGUACCGGUGUCGGUGUUUCAACGUGAACGGUGAAAAAUGGAAUCAUUUUAUGAAAAGCUUCGACAUAUGAGAAUUCCCGAAGAUGCCCAAGAGCCCGAAUCCAAUCCAAGUGGUAAUGAGACCGAAACUGAUGAUACCCGAGCCGAACCAGUGUUUGAUCUCAUCGAAGAUACUCGAUCCGGACCUGUUGACCGGUUCGAUUGUCCAUAUUGUUACAAUGUCUACUAUACCGAAGAACAUUUAAUUUCGCACAAACGAACCCAUCAUUCGAGUAAGCAGUAUACUUGUAAAUGGUGUAAUAUCGUAUUCACCUAUGCUGGAUGGUCGUAUCAUCAUAAAAAACAUACUAACGAUAAAUCUUACUCGUGUACUAGCUGUAACAAGAGUUUCUUCAUGCUGCAGCAACUUAAGUCACAUCUAGCUAAUCACAAGCAUUCGUGUAAUUUUUGUAGCGAUACGUUCGUCACUGCGCAGCAAUUACGAGCUCAUGCGAAUUCAGUUCACGAUGCCUCAGUGAAAGGCGAAGUUCUACAUCGAAGACAAAAGAGAUCGAAGUUGAAUCGUAAUUCGAAACUGAAAGACGAAAUACUACAUCGAAGACGAAAGAGAUCGAAGCCGAAUCGUAAUUCGAAACCAACAGUAAUUCAACCGGAAACUCCUCGAAACGAAACAAUACAACACGAGCUGCCGGAAAUUAACCAUUCCCAACGUCGAAUCGAUGUUACUAAAUCGUUCGUUCAUCGUGAUGAAACAAUUCGACAUAAUUUACCUCAUCAUCAAGUCGCUAAACAGAAAAAAGAUCGAAAUGGAACGACCAAAUCGUUCGAUUGUGAUAAAUGCCAUCAGAAGUUUCCAAAACUCAAUCAGUUUCGUGAUCAUCUGAAGAAAAGUUUCAAAUGCAGACCGUACUGGUGUAACGACUGCAAUGCCAAGUUCAUUCAGAAGAAAAUGUUAGAGAAGCAUGUCAGAAGCCAUUUGUACAAAUGUAGCUCCUGUUCGCAAAACUUCUCCUGUACGAAUUUACUAGACGUUCAUAUUUUCAACGAACACAUGCAGAGCGUAAAUGAUACGAGUUUCGCACCUAAAACCGGUUUCCGAUGCCGGUACUGCGGUUUGAUGUAUUCUACAGAAGAAGAUCUCCAGAACCAUAUCAAGUUCUCCGGCGAAAAUUUAAUCAUUUGUGCUACGUGUUUCUAUAUUUCUGAAACCGAAGAUGAAUUCAGUUACCAUCUGGAAACUGCGCAUGGAAUUUUUGAAGAGCGUCGUUCGUUGUAUCAAUUUGUGGAUUGAGAACGUGUGUGUGUGUUUUUUUCUUAAAUAUAGAUUUUAUCGAUGAUUGUUCUAUCUUCUAUUGGA